AUGGAUGGGUUAGAUUUUGCAUGUAUUGAAGAGGAUGAGAGUUUGUCCUUAGAGAAGGAGUUCACAAAGGAGGAAGUCAUCCAAGUCUUGAGGGAGAUGAAGGGUGAUAAAGCCCCUAGUCCUGAUGGUUUCACCAUGGAUUUUUUUGAUUAUUUUCAUCGGCACUCUAUGUUUGAACGUAUGAAUGCUUCAUUUCUCACUUUAAUUCCUAAGAAGUGUAAUGCCGUUAACGUUAAGGAUUUUUGCCCUAUCAGUUUGGUGGGUAGUGUGUACAAGUUGCUAUCCAAGGUGUUGGCUAACAGGUUGAGGGAGGUUUUGGAUGAUCUCAUCUCUAAGACUCAAAAUUCAUUUGUUGGCGGAAGACAAGUUCUUGAUUCAGUGCUCAUUGCAAAUGAAUGCCUGGAGAAGGUUUUAAGUAGACUUUUGAAGAAGACAGAGGAGAGUAAUCUUAUUCGGGGUUUUCAUGUGGGGGCAGUGAAGUCUGUCGAUGUGCAUAUUUCUCAUUUGUUGUUUGCUGAUAACACUAUCUUAUUUUGUGAUGCUUCUAGGAAACAGAUGUUGUUCAAAAGGUUGGCGUUGUCUUGUUUUCAAUCUUUUACGAGUUUGAAGGUCAAUGUUGGGAAAAGUGAGAUUGUCCCUAUUGGGGAAGUGAAUAAUCUAGAUGCACUGGCUAAUAUUCUUCAUUGUAGAGUGGGUAGUUUGCCUAUGAAAUAUUUGGGGAUGCCAUUGGGAACCUCUUUUAAGACAGCUUCAAUUUGGAAUCCUAUUUUGGAGAAGAUGGAGAAGCAACUAUCAGGGUGGAAGCGUCUAUAUUCAUCUAAAGGUGGUAGGCUCACGUUACUGAAGAGUACUCUCUCAAGUCUUCCAAUGUACUUUUUAUCUCUUUUUACUAUUCCUAAAGUUGUGGCUGCUAGAUUGGAAAGUAUUUAG